AUGACGUUCCAGUCCACGUCCACAUCGGGCACCACGGCCAGCAAGGCCAGCAGCCUGUUCGACCUCGAUGAGCACAGCACAAAGUCCAUUCUCGUCUACAAGUACCGCUCGGGCGCCAAAGGCCUAGAAUCCACCACCGAGGGAGCCCUCUGCGCGGAGCUCGACAAGCACCCCGACUUGCCGUUCAUGCGCGUCACCCGGAAGCCCAUUCCUCGGGGCGCCAGUCGCAUGGAUAUCCACCAGGAGGAUCUCUACCUGCCCGACGAGCGGGAGCAGUACGCCGACAAGAUCGCCCCCAAGUCGUCCGUCGCCAACGUCGGUCUGCCCACCGUCGCCAAGUGGAAGCACAUGGUCAUGGGCAGCUACGACCAGCUGUACAUCGUCUUCCAGACUCACACGCCCACCCCCGAGUCUUCCAAGAACAACUCUCCAGAGUCCUCACAGCACGUGAGCCCUGCAGGCACCUUCCCUUCCGAGAGGUAG